ACCACUAAAAAAAAUCAAAGACGCAAGUCUAAUUUGGCGGUGAGUUUGACAAAAGUUAUGAAGUGAUAGCGCAAAAUGAAGGUGUCUCACCAAACCCAAAGGGAAACAAAAUAUGCAAUUAUGCACUAAAUUAAAUCGUGACUAGUUAGUUAUCGAUGCCUCUUUUGUGUAUUGUUGGCCUAAACCCACUCCACCUCUGAUUCUCUCUUCUCUCCCCCGUCCGCGGCCUUUGAGCAAUUCUCCGGUCAACCAUAGCUGUCAAUCAAGAAACUAAACCGCUUAGAUUGUUCUCCUCAUUCUCCUCUACGUUUUUCUCCCUUCAUUUCUAUUAAACCCUAGCCACCGCUACAACAGAUCGGCAAAAUUAGCACCAUAUUCGAGCUCCUCUCAGUCAACAGUUUUAACCGCUACCAUCAUCGUCGCCCUUUCACGUUUUUGGUCGACGUAUCUCCCUCUCCAUGUCGACCGUGUCACAACAGAGUUUUUCCCUUUCUUUGCCAAAAUCCGUCGCCGCCACCUCCGCCGGCCACCCCUUGACCCGCCGGGUUGGCGUGUUCAAGUCUGGUAUCCCAAAUCUUACCCUUGUCACUUGCCACUCGGAUUCUACAUCUCAGGCAUCCUUGUUUUUGAGUCCUGGCUUGACGAAUAGAAGAAUUUGCAACAAAAACUUAGUUUAUCGGACAUUUUAUUCUGUGGAUGCUAGCACUUAUAAUGGGUCUGCUUUAGAAUCUCCUUCUCACACUGCAGAAGAAAAAGUUGGUGUGUUGCUUCUCAACCUAGGAGGACCAGAGACGCUGAACGAUGUCCAACCUUUUCUGUUUAAUCUUUUUGCAGAUCCUGAUAUCAUUCGGCUCCCAAGGCUGUUUCGGUUUCUCCAGCGACCAUUGGCAAAAUUGAUAUCUGUGCUUCGGGCUCCUAAAUCCAAGGAAGGGUAUGCUGCUAUUGGAGGUGGCUCUCCUUUACGCAAAAUUACAGAUGACCAGGCACUUGCACUUAAAAUGGCUUUGGAAGCAAAGAGCCUUUCUUCAAAUGUCUAUGUUGGGAUGCGGUAUUGGUACCCAUUCACCGAAGAAGCAGUUGAGCAAAUUAAGAGGGAUGGAAUAACGAGGCUCGUGGUGUUACCCCUUUAUCCCCAGUUUUCUAUAUCCACAACUGGGUCAAGCAUCCGUGUUCUGGAGCAUAUGUUCAGAGAAGAUGCUUAUUUGUGUAAGCUUCCUGUUUCCAUAAUAAACUCUUGGUAUCAACGAGAAGGUUAUGUUAAGUCCAUGGCUGACUUAAUUGAGAAAGAACUCCAGAGUUUUUCUGAUCCAAAGGAGGCAAUGAUAUUUUUUAGUGCCCAUGGUGUACCUGUCAGCUAUGUUGAGGAUGCUGGGGAUCCAUACCGAGAUCAAAUGGAGGAUUGCAUCUUCUUGAUCAUGCAGGAAUUGAAGGCUAGAGGAAUUAAUAAUGAUCACACUCUUGCUUAUCAGAGUCGAGUGGGCCCUGUACAAUGGCUGAAACCGUAUACAGAUGAAGUUCUAGUUGAGCUUGGCCAGAAAGGUGUGAAGAGUCUUUUAGCUGUUCCAGUGAGCUUUGUGAGUGAGCACAUUGAGACUCUUGAAGAAAUUGACAUGGAGUACAGGGAAUUGGCUCUUGAAUCUGGCAUUGAGAAUUGGGCGCGUGUCCCUGCCCUUGGUCUUACCCCUUCAUUCAUUACAGAUUUGGCAGAUGCAGUGAUAGAGGCUCUCCCAUCGGCAACAGCAAUGUAUGCCUCGACCAGCGCCUCUGAAGAUAUGGAUCAUGACCCUUUUAGAUACUUCGUCAAGAUGUUCUUUGGUUCAAUUUUGGCAUUCUUCUUGUUCCUGUCACCCAAAAUGUUAACGGCCUUCAAGAACCAUGUCAUUUAGAAGAAUACUGAUUAAAUUUUAUCUGCAACCAUAGUUGCUAAAAUUAAUGUACUUGGUUUUUUCCUUGGUUUUACUCCUUUAUACGCCUAUACUGUAUACACCACAGAUACAAAAGAAGCAAUUUUUGUACUUGAUCAUAAUGAGAACUUGCAUGUCUGCUUGGGAAUGUUGCAGAAAGAAUGACUCAACAAUUUACUUGUAUUUGUAUACUAAAAUUAUCUAUCUAGCCACUACAUUCUAAUUUAUGUAAUUCUUGCAAGAUUUUAUAUAAGAACUAUUUUAUACAA